AUGGAGACGCCGCAAGAUGUGUCCCGGCUCGACGCACUCGCAUCGCAAAACGCACGAGCUUCGCACACUCUAUAUGCCCGCACGGCGUCCGCCGGCGGACAGCUCAGCGGCAAGCGACAGCGACUCGCCCAGGACGACGUGGCCGAGGACCCUAUCUUGAAGCACAGGUUUCUCGCCGAGUACGCCACCGCGCAGACGCUGCCGCCGUCGCUGGCCGCGAGGCAUCCCGGAAAAAGGCCCGGCAAGGCUCUCGUCAAGGCCAAACCAGGCGGCAAGACGACGCAGAAGCUUCUCGAGGGCCCUGCUGGCUCCUCGGCGGCACAGGGCCCGGCCGGAGAGUCGGCGUCCAAAGACAUGAGCCUGGCGACGAGAGGUGCAUCGGCGUACCAGCAGGUGAAACCGGAAUGGCACCCGCCUUGGAAGCUGAUGAGGGUCAUUUCGGGGCACCUGGGCUGGGUUCGGAGUCUUGCGGUUGAGCCUGGCAACAAGUGGUUUGCCAGUGGUGCGGGCGACAGGACCAUCAAGAUCUGGGACCUUGCCGCUGGCUCUCUACUCCUUACCCUGACGGGCCACAUCAGCACCGUUCGCGGCUUGGCCGUCUCGCCGAGACACCCAUACCUCUUUUCCUGCGGCGAAGACAAGAUGGUCAAGUGCUGGGACCUCGAGACCAACAAAGUCAUCCGCCACUACCACGGCCACCUGAGCGGCGUCUACACCCUCUCCCUCCACCCUACUCUCGACGUUCUCGUCACCGGCGGCCGAGACGGCGUUGCCAGGGUCUGGGACAUGCGGACGAGGAGCAACAUCCACGUCCUGUCCGGCCACACCCAGACCGUCGCCGACGUCAAGUGUCAAGAGGCAGAUCCGCAGGUCAUCACCGGCUCCCUCGACUCCACCGUGAGGCUGUGGGACCUUGCCGCGGGCAAGGCAAUGGGUGUCCUUACUCACCACAAAAAGGGCGUCCGGGCCCUUGCCGUGCACCCUACCGAGUUCACCUUUGCGAGCGCGAGUACCGGGAGCAUCAAGCAGUGGAAGUGCCCCGAGGCUGCCUUUAUGCAGAACUUUGAGGGGCACAACGCGAUCAUCAACACGAUGAGCGUCAACCAAAACAACGUCUUCUUCUCAGGAGGUGACAACGGAUCGAUGAGUUUCUGGGACUGGAAGUCUGGAUACCGCUUCCAGGCUCUCGACACGACGGCGCAACCCGGCUCUCUCGACGCCGAGUCGGGCAUCAUGAGUUCGACCUUUGACCGCUCAGGACUACGUCUUAUCUGCGGCGAGGCCGACAAGACCAUCAAGAUAUGGAAGCAGGAUGAAAAGGCUUCGGCGGAGACCCAUCCGAUACAGUGGACGCCGAGUCUGGCACGGCGCAAGUUUUAG